AUGCGAAUCCGAGAGUAUUGUAAUCUGUUGUGGUUAAUAAGUGUGUUCGGACUAGUCGUAUCUCGUAAGUUUUCAUGAAUAUCUUGAACUGGCUUAUGUUAUUUCAGAGCUAGUUUAUAUUGUAAGGUUAUAGUAACAGCUUUGUCAAGUUUUGAAUAUAUUUUAGAAAAGUGUGAACGUACUCCGAUCAAAGUACUGGUCGUUUUCGACAUUACGCUAGGGGAUGGUUUCGUAUUCAACUCCAAGAAGACCGUAACCGAGGAAGUGUUACGUCAUGUCGAUGCUGUUGGGAAGGGUCGCGACAUUAACUACGGUUUCAUAGCUUAUCACUCACACGCCGUAGUUUUGUCAUCCCUCAAAUCCAACAAAAGUGGUUCGGUAGACAAUGUAAGCUGCUAUUAUCAAUAGUACUAUUAAUAUCUUAUCGAAAACGUAAAGCUAUGAUGACAAUUGGUAAUGUUUCGCAAAAUUUACAUACAAGAAGUUUAAAAGCAAUGCUGUUGUAGAUAAUCUCCCAUUUGAACAACAUCAGGCCUCGGCCCGGCUUCAAGAGCUCGAUUGCCAAUAGUUUGAAUACGGCCGUUGACCAUAUCAACCAGCAGACCAACAUAGAAGGCCACAACCUCAUCAUUCUGGUCAACAAUGGUGGAGAAACUGAGAACACAGACAACUUCGCCCUGGCUACGUAUGUUAACAAAACAUUGGCUCGAAAUUAAAAUAGGAAGUUUUACUUAAAACAAUAUAUUCUGUUUCAGGAAACGUUUGUGGGCCUUAAAUACAGAUGUCUUCGUCAUAUCUGACCCAUCCUACCUGUCGUUGUCAAUGCUAUUGACCAGAAACAAGAAGCAUGUACUGACAGAGCUAUCUGACUUCCCUCUGCUUCUGAAGGAAAUAGACUCUUCCAUUGGCACUUGUCUUGAGGAUGUUCAACCAAAUGGCAUCCCAAGGUUACCAUUGGUCGAUUUGAAGUCUUCAAAGUCCCGGAACCUUGGAGAAGCCAUACAAAACCUAGAUUGCUCAGAAGACCAUUCUGUUACCUUUUUGAACAUUCUCGGCAACAAAAAAGACUUGAUUCCUACUAACUUUACAGACUUUCUUGGAUCAAAGAAUGUCAAUGUAGGUCUAAUCAAUGCUGUCUACCAUACAUAUUGAUGUUUUUAUCAUUUAUCGUAUUUUAUAACAACCAGAUGUUUACUGUAGGUAAAGCAUAUUGCAGGUAGUGACAAUUUCCUCAACAUCUGAGAGUGUAGCUCAUCUGAUCCAAGAAGAAGUCGAUCAUCUGAGUCAAAGCAAAAAGCAGGCUACACUAAUAAUAUUCAACCAGAAGGCAGCACGAUCGUCGUGGGAUCAGAUUCUAGACACUUACAGUUCCCUGGAGAAGAACCGCGUCUCUGUAAUCGUCGGAAAUGCCUACAAACUGGUCGAAAACGAAAUCAAGAUAUACGCGGGGCCUAAGGGCUUGGCCAUUCCCAAACUCGACAGGCAAGUUGGUACUCCUUUGCGUAAUAGUACUAUUUCUAAGAAUGUUCAGUACUGAUAUUUGUAGUAAUCGUUUUGUGUUUUUGAAAGAACUAAUCUAACCUUUGUUUCAGUUUUGUAAAUGUGAUAACAGAGUUCGUGCAAAACUGCAAAGUUAUCAACAAAUCACCGCCAAAGUCUUUAAAGUUGAACAAAGUGGACAAGGCUAGUACAACAACAAACACCAAAACCACUAAAACAUCUACUACAACUUCUGCAACAACAACUCCAAUUCUAACGACUACUACAACUUCUAGUACUAAAUCAUUGCCAAUCGUAGAAUCGCUUUCCAUUAAACAAGAAGAUACGCCUACUACAACAUCGCUCCCUCAAGGUGCACAUGGUGAAACAACAACAAUAACUUCUGAAAGAACAACAGGUGAAACCGUUGGGAAAUGUGAUCACGGUACGUUUACUGCCAUUGAGUCUCCAAAAACCAUAAAAAUUAAAAAAUAAUAUGAAAUAUUUCAGAAUUAGACGUGCACGUUGUACUGGCUUCAAAUGCAAAUGAAGCCGACUUCGAACGACAACGCAGUCUGCUAUUAGAGAUAGCUAUUUCGAUGCCAAGACGAUUCAAACUGGCUACGUUACAGAGCAACGGCACCUUCACGAACGAGAAAGAUAACUUGUUGUCAGCAAUCAGUACGUUGUCCUACAGUGAUGUUCAAAAGUCCAACUCAACGGAAUUCCUGAAUUCUCUGCCUGCACGAUCUUCUGUUAUCUACAUUGACUUGAACGGAAAUGAAAUAGUCAACCGAGAUUACAAUAGAUUUGAUUACUUUGUGGUAAUUACAUCCAAAGACAACGUGCCCAUUCACAGUCAGAAGUACUCGACUUUCGACGAGAGUUUGGUCGGAGUAAGUCCUAUUUCACACUGUAACGUGUUUUAGGGUCCAAGGUUCUAUUCCAAUGCAUUCAAAUGCCGAGUAGAGGACACAGUUGCCAAGAACACAACCGAGAUCAAGAGAUUGGCCAAGAGCGCCGACCCAGUAAAUCAGACAACAGUAGUCACUAGUGACGUUCCUAAACCUAUAUCUCUUGUUAUCGACGGAGAGGACUGCCGCUCUGACAUCAUAUUCGUAGUGGAUACGUCGCAGAGCGUGGAGAACAAGUUUCAAGAACAAUUAAGGCUUAUUGCCAGCUUCGUAAGUCAUCUAUAACAUAACAAUUAAUUUUAUUAUUCUUUUAAAAAAAGAUAAGUCGUGUUAUAUACUUGAUUCCAGCUAGAAAGCAUACCAGAAGCAGACUUUACCAACAGGAUAAAGACUGGAGUAGUUACUUUCAACAACGAAGCCAAAAAAGUAUUAGACCUGUCAGCCUUCAACCGGAAACGACAAAUCAUUGACACAGUACUAAACAUAGAACAUACUGGAGGACCAACAUCUUUAGUCAAGGGGAUUCGACAGACUAUUACACUGAUAAAGAACACAAACAACAUCUCGCGACAGUUAGUAGUGGUGUUGGUAUCUGAUGGAAACAGUCAAGAUGAAUGGAACAAUGUUCUCGAGACAUCCAAUGCCUUACACUCCCUUAAUAGUAACAUAUUCGCUGUCACUGUCAGCAACGACUAUUUCUUACGGUAAGUAAACUACAGUUGCAAUUGACUUGUGGACCUAAUGAACUAUGUGAACAAGAUAACCUUGUAAUGCCAAUAUAACUGUUAUUGCUUCUAGAGAACUAGAGAUAUACGCUGGAGAAAAGGACCGAGUCUAUGUUGAAGGAAGGUUACCACAAUUCUUGACCACUUUGAAGAAGGCAGUGAUACAAUGUGAUGUCCAAGAUGUUGUAGUACCUCAAGAAAUCACAAAACCUACGUGUGACAACGAUGUCAUUGAUCUGAUGUUGAUCGUGGAUUUAUCGUUGCCCACCUUCUCAGAGAUCAAACAGUUGUUGAUUAAGUUCAUCAAGACUAUAGAUGGCAUUGGAGUAAGUACGGUAAAAUGAAUUCUGAUGUUUUUAGAGCAGAAUCCAAGUAGCCUUGUCCAAAGCUGGAUCCCAAGCCAGUCUAGUCUUCGGAUUCAGAGAAGGCAUCUCCAGUUCUGACGUCAUCUUCGAGAUCGAGAAGUUGUCGGAAUCUCAGGUAUCGUCACUCGUGGGAGCUACGAAUGUAGCCGUCAACGAAUUACUACGGUCGAAACGUGGUGCUCACAAGAUAGUACUACUGAUCUCUUAUGAAAACGACCGUGACCAACUCAACGAGCAAAUGACAGCCGGAAUGAGAUUAAAGGACAUCUCGGACAUUGUUUACGUUUACAGUCCGAAAGGAAACCAACAAUCGCUCAAGUCCUACAUCAACAAUGACGCCAGUUUCUUCGCCGACGCGCAGGAGUUUGUCACGGUAAUAUUCUAAAAUUACAAUUUAAAAAUUUUAAACAGAAAUUUAAGGGAAAAACAUAUUUUUUAAAAUAACCUUUCUAGCUUUCUUAAUAUAAAAACUUGCACAAAAAUGUUUACAAAAAAAACAAAAAUUUGGGCGCAGUUUGCAACAAUUGUUUUCGCAAACUGUAUGUAAAUUUUAUACUUUAUAAAUAUAAAUAUAUUUCAGGCUGCUCAAGAAGAGUUACAAUGCAAAAAACGGUAAGUAACUCGUUUUUGGUUACAUAAAACAAUUAUUUAAAUUUUUAUUCAAAUAUUGUCGUUUAUGAAAAUCAUUUUAGAGUAAACAAGAAGUUCGAAAUCGACUCAGUGCCAGAAUUAGAAGCCAAGGACGUAGCGUUACCGUUGACAGAAGCACCACUGAUAGAACAUGUCGAGUAAGUGUUGUUAAUUUAGUUUUAUAUCUAAUUUUAAAUUAAUAAUUCACUUUAAGCUGUAUCAAGAACAAGAUGGAUAUCAUUAUUAUCUUGGACGCUUCCACAUCUCGUGAAAAUGUGUUUGAACAUCAACGUGAACUAGCCUUGAGCUUGAUUGAGAGGCUGCCUAUCUCCAAAGGGGAUACUCAUGUAGCCACUGGAAUCAACAGUUUCAACGAAGAAGCUACCCUCAGGCAAUCUUUGUCUGUUGGUCGGGAUCGUGAUGUGAGUUUUGAAAAUUCCAGUUGUAAAUAGCCGUAUUAACUAGAUCAGUAUAAUUUUACUCAUUUUGCAUUUUUUUUAUCUCCAGAUGGUCCGAGAAUCCAUAGAGCAGAUCAAUUACCUUGGUGGAAGUACCUAUACCUCGAAAGCUGUCAAUCUGGCGAUCGACGACCUGUUAAGAAACGGUCGUAAAGACGCGACUCCGGUAAUUGUGUUGAUGAAUGAUGGUAUGUCUCAAGAUCCGUGGGAAUUAGUGGUCCAGACCAGCAAACGGUUGGCUGACUCUGGCGCGCUAUGCUUUGGUGUGGCAUUGGGGAGCGAGGUUGAUUUACGAGAGCUAGAACUGUAUACGGGGGGAUCAGACCGUAUAUUCAGAGACGGGUCAACCGAGCAGUAAGUUGCGCAACAAAGUCAAAUAAUAUCAUAAUUCGAGGUUCCUGCAGUCCGUCAUCGGAUUACUGGACAAGACACAGUGUGGGGCGAAGCAGGACACUAAUACCGUCGUACAAAGCCUUACCGACAUUGCUGUGGAACAGACGAACAAAGUACUACAUGAUGCAAAGUGUCGCGAUGACGUUGACAUUGUCGUGUUUAUUGAUAGUUCGAACAAGCCGAGCGAAGCGUCGACACAGUUUGCUACCAACAGAUAUUUGUUACUUGACAUUAUUGGUAAGGUACAUUAACAUAUAAUAUAAAAAUAUGUUUGUCGAAACACAAAAUCUUUUAAACUAUUUUUUGUAUUCAGAAUGGUGUAUAUAUACUAUUUCCCAGUUUUAAUGACAACUUCGGGAUGCCCGAAGUGAUUUAUUACUAGCACUCCAUAAAUCCAUAAAGAUACCUAUUCAGAAUAGAAGCCUGUGUAUUCAAAUUAUGUAUUGUCGCCGUUAAUUUAGGCUCGAUCUCGAUGGGAACCAACGUCAGAGUGGCGAUAAUUUCGUUUGCCAAACGACCCAUAAUUGUAAAUGGGCUGAAAGACGACCACUCGAAGCAAACCUUGUUUAAGAUCGUGGAUUCGCUGCAGCCCGGCGAAGGCGAUCCCAAUUACGCGGCGGCGCUGGAAAAGGGAUUAGAAUAUUUGAAAGCUAACCGGAGACCAGAUGUUCCCGGUUUAUUCUUGAUUAUUGGGGACGGAAAUACGACCGACGAGGUCGGCGAACUGGCGAAAACUCAAAUUAAGGAGGUAAUAUUGUCAUGGCACGGAAGUCGGCGUUUCCCAAAUCCGAAAUUUAAAUAAUUGCAUAAUUAAUCCAUGUCACUCUCAGACGACACGAUAAUGUCAUCUCCAAUCAUUUCAGACCAUCGAUCUGUCAGUAAUUGCGGUCAGUAACGAGCACAAUGUUAACACAUCUACCUUGGAACACUUUACAUCGAGAGAUAAGAUCUACACAUUCAGAAGGAAUUCAGAAUUUUCAAAAGAAUUCAGAAGACUCACAAAGUCGUGUGCUGAUGAGAAUGUUGACAUUGAAGGAUCUGGUGCUGGAGUUGAUGAAGAUUUAGCCUUCCAAAAGGAUGUAGCUCUACUCAAGGAAGACCCAUUUGGAGACAGCAAAAGUGUACUGCCAGUUAGACCUGCCAAGCCCUUGGAAGACUUGGUGGAGGAGGCAGAAGCUGUUUCAGCAAAGAACGUAAGUUCAAACACAAAAUAAAGUUUUAUGUGCCAAUCUCAAGGUUAACGUGCCCAUUUGCAGACCACUCCAUCGUUCGACCAAGGCGAAUGUGUGUAUGACGUGCUGAUGUUAAUUGACUCGUCGGGAUCGGUGGUGGAAACUUUUGAGAGGGAGAAGAAGCUGGCCCUGGACAUUCUGGUGCAUCUGCCUAUUAGCCCGAUGAACGUUCGUGUGUCCAUAAUUAAAUUCUCUUCGCCUUCGAAGGUCCGCACUCUGCACGGCUUCAACUCCAUCCAGACCAAAGGUCAUGUCCUCAAAAAACUCGAGUCGAUCCGCAUGAGCAGCGGCACGACUGCCAUUCAUAGUGCUCUUCAGCACGCUGUCAAUGAGUAUUCGUCUUUAAAUGGAGCGCGGCCAACAAAAGCGACGCCGUUGGUAAUAGUGUUUACUGAUGGCUUCGGAAACAAGGACUUUUUGAAAGAGGCCACUGCUCUUCGCAGUCAAGUGCCAGAUUUGUUUGCUGUCGCGAUUAACCAUGAGGUUGGUGAUGACGACAAUACCAAUAUAUAAUACUUUCAGUUCCCAAUUAGUCGCAGAGGACUAGUUGCCAUCACUGGGAGCUCGAACAAGGUCUUUACCGAGAAGAACAUCGACAAGUUCCACUCGCUGCUCCGGCUCAAGCUCAAGCAGUGCUGGGUCUAG